UUUCUAUGGCCUGGUUGCUUUUGAAAUGAUCUGAAAGUUGGUUUGAGAGUGAAAAAGGCACUUGGUGUAUUUGCAAGGUAAUUGUUGACAAACAUUGUAAACCAGGGCUUUACAUUAAUGUAUUUUAUUUGCCCAGAUUGCUUAACUUCAAGUCAAACAGCUAUCAUCUACUGGGAUAUCUUGUUUAUAUUUUACAUCUACAUGUUCUCUUAACCACAAACAUCUGGCAUUCAAGCAGUUUUGGGGUGGGUUUUGGUAUUUUUUUGUUGGUUUGGGGGUUUUUUGCAGUGUAUCUACUGUGCCAUUCCGGAAGCUAGUUUCAGCUCUCCUCCACAUCUGUCUUGAUUGCGGAUUUAUAUGUAGUUAAGAUGCAUUCUUGCACAGUUCUGCUUUUUCCCUGUCCAGAGGGAAAGAGUUAAUGUAGAGCCCUGGAAGUUAUUUGCAAAAGUAAAAACCACGUUUUAGAUUAGCUCAUUCUUGCCUUUUUAAUUUCACUUUAACACUCUAUCUCAUACUAUGGCUGAAAUUUGUCGUCAUUUUUCUCCCUUUUUCACAACUUUCUUAGAACACUUCAGACUCACUUUUUAUUGUCACAUGUUGCAUCUAUCCCUGUAGACUCUCCGAGCAAUCAGUCUGCUGUUGCAGUACCCUGCUCUGUGUUCCUAGUAGUGUUCUUUACUUGGCUCACGAGUAGAGUGGCUCUUCGGUGUGUUCGGUGAUGCUGAAACUUCCCUCUUAGUUAUCCAUGCCUAGUGCAGCUCUGCAAAGGGAGCAGGUUACUCAGCAUGAUUCAGAUGGUGUUUUCAGAGCCUUCUCACGUUCACCUUUUCCAAUGUACUCAUCUUGCUGAUUUCCAGUAUACUAGGCAAUUUAAUUGGCUAAUUGGCUAAUACAGUGCCCCUCUUGUCACAAUUAGUGGCUAAUUAGCUUGAAGGCCUUCAAUUGAAAACAUAAUACGUGCUAUUACUGUAAAAUUGAUACAAUGUGGAAUUGCUGUUACUAACCAUUUCUUUACAGUUACCUCUCAGAAAGUGCUGUUCUGUACAUCUGAUCUUUUUGAAACACAAGAAUCAUUCUGUCCCUGCAAGGAAAGGAUCAAACCAGUUCUAAAGCACACGCUGUAUGGCUCCACGUGAUCUGACAGUUUAUGAACUUGUGUUGCUUUAAUUACUUUUGAUAUAAAAUACAGUAAUCCAGGUUUCUUGUCUCCUGUAUUUGACGUUUAUUUUCACUAAAGUUUUAAGUGUUAACAGUUUAGCUGCCAUGCUCAGUUCUGUAAAAGGACUUCACUUGGUUAGAUUGAAAACAUUAACUUCUGAGGCCCUUGAAGAUGGCAACCAGUAAUCCUGUAAGUAGGGGUCUUUCUAGCUCUUUAUUUUAAAGGCUCAUGGCUGUUAGUGUGCUAUGGAGUGCAGAUCUAAUGAAAGGAUAUCCUCAUGGAAAUACCUUUCCAGGUAUGAGAAAUACCAAAUUCUUUUAACAGCAUAACCUAAGUGACUGACCUCUUCUGUAACAUACAAAACUUUUUUUCUUUUUAGGAAUAUACUUUGACUUUAAAACUGGUAGUACACAAUAAAAUACUUGUGGUUGGAUCAUCUGGUUCUUAUGACCCAAGUUGGGGCUUUAUUUCUGAUUUCAGAAAUCAUGUCACCACAAGAAUUUUUCUCUUUCUCUCCUUCUUUCCUCUGCUUUGCAUACCCAACCAUUUCAGAAUUCCUUAUUUUGUGUCUUCCACAAAAUCAAAUCAAGUAAAACAUAACUUUUAAAAUAAUCUGAUUUGAACCGAAAUGUAUGGAAAGCAGAAAGGGAAUGCUUUUCAUAGCUGGGACUAUGUCAGUUUAUUACUGUAGUAACAAAAUCUCAUUUUCCCCACCUCCAAAUAAAAAUAUCGAUGAUUUUUGAAAGUGUUUGAUCAAGCUAUGUGUAUUUUAAAUGCAAGCAAGGUGUUAAACAUCCUUAGUGUAACUUAAAUUGGCCGAGUGGUCUUCUAGUUUUUUUUUUAGUGAUGUUCUUAAUUGCUUCUUUAAUUUGAUGUGUGCAUAUUUUAAGACCAGGUUUAUUUUCUGUGAAGUAAAUUGUGCCCCAGUUACUUCAGGCAGGCAUUUUGUCACUCCUGAUCCCUUUAUCAGGGAAUGAGGUGCUAGACAUGGAGAGAUUGUUUUCCUGCCAGAGACAAAGGCUGAUGCAACCUGAGCAGAUGAAUUUGGAGGUGAAACGCUUGAACCUGGUACAUCUCAGAGGGAGAACCUGGCUGUGACCCUGGGAGAGGGCGGGCUAAAAUUAGGUGCUCGAGUGUGGCCUCAUUUUCUGAGGAACAGAGUGUCCUCUGGCUUUCAUCAACCGAGCCAAAGGGGAAUCUGGGUUUUCAGAAACUCGGUUCAGGUUUUCUCUCGCUCAGCUUGGGGCCUUUGUGUUAAUGAGUUCCUGUAAAUACAAAUAAUCUGGUGCCCCAAAACCCUGGGGAAGGAAUGCUUCCAGAUGGGUGCAGGCGGCAAAGGGAAUCCAGAUCAAGAAUUGUGUAAUAAAAAGUUAAUGUAGAUGAGCUACCAUUGUUCCCUGGGGGAGAAGAAAAAUCUGAAGUUACAAUCACAUCUCCCUUUUUUUCCAAUUUAAAAGCAUUUGAAUGAGAAUUAAAUCUCCCAAACUUUGCCUCUAGUUUGCAGGUAACUUCUACAUCAGUUUUGUGCUGAGACAGGUUCAAAGUAUGUUAUGUCUGGUGGAGCCAGCCACUGAGGCUUUACUGACUGUGCCCCCGAAUCUAGAGGGGUUUGGGGUUUAGAGGACUAUUUUCUAGAGUGUAAUGCUAACACUUGUUAGCAGGUGUUGAACUGAAGAAACUUCAUAUUGAAUGGUUCAUAGACUUUUUUUUUUUGUGGGUAUUUUUUUGUCCUAAUUGCCAGCCUAUUUAUAGUUGCAGAGCCUACAUCUUGUGCAGUUAACAAGAAAAAGUGGUGCUCUCAUUUUACAUCUUGAUAAAAGGGAUGACUUCAUCUUGCUCCAUGUCAGGAGCAUCAUGGAGUAAUAUUGUAGUACUUUAUGAGAGACUUUAAAUUCAGAUUUUUCUCCUUUGUAGGAAGUGCAGGAUAGGCAUUUAACAUAAGGAAACACUACAGUGAGCCUUGGGAAUGUCUCAUUGUAUGCAGGAUGGCUGUAGUGUGGCAGAGACCAAAAAUUUGGAAAGAUAAGGGAUUAGGCAAAAGUCCUUUGUGGGUGCUGAGCAGAAGCAGACAUUUAACAAGAGCCACAUAAAGCAGUUGCCAGUGCACUUUGUGUUCAUAGUUGAAAAUGUGGCUGAUAAGAAAAAACCUUCAGUUGGAGAAAACCUUCAGCCCCAAGGUUCUUGGAUGACUCUCCCCCCUGUGUUUAUCUCUGCUGGUCCUUUUCUUCCCUGAGGAGCAGCAGAGUGAAGGUCAGGCUGUGGCUCCCAGAUGUGCAGCAGGGAAACUCCAGAGUUUUUGUCAUUUUACAAAUGUGAAUAAAACACAGAUUUGUGCUCUUACUUGUAAGAAUAUAAAGAUACAGAAAUCAGGCACUAAAAUAAGUAACUGCCUUUGUAGUUCAAAUGGUCUGCAGAGAAAAAGUAGAAAUCCCUCAUUUCUUUCUAGUACUAAAACCAGAACCAGGAGGAGUUUUACCUGGAUGAAUUGGUUCAAUUUCAUUAUUUCUCCUUUGUAACAUCUUGGUUUAGAGCGGCUUUUUUCCUUUAUUAUUCCCCUUGAGUAGUGAUAUAUUUUAUAUUCACCUGUAUAUUUGUAGUUUGUCCUAGCUAUGCACUUAGGCUUCUUUUAGUCUUUCCUUUCUGAAUUCCGUGCAAUUUCUUGGCCUCUUUAUGGUUCUAAAAAUUGGAGUGUUUCCUUCAUAUUAAUCUGUAGAAAUCUGAGGAAUGAAGCAGAGUAGAGGAAAUUCUGCAAUGCCUGAAGACAUACAAACAGCCUUCCGUUCCAAAGGCUGCCAUUGGCCCUCUGUGCCUGGGCUGGAGUUUUCCAGGGAGCAUUGCACUCUGAGGCAGGAGCAGCCCCAUUCCCAUCAGACACCUUUUCAGCCAGGUUAGCAGAGAAGAGGUAGGUUCAGUGUCAGUGUCUCCUCAAAGCACCACCAACAGAUUCCAUUCUCUAUGGAUCUGCGAAACUGCAUCAUAGCAGAGAAGACACUGCUGUAGGCCAUGACUUUGUGGGAAGGACUGCCUUGUGUGGCUGCUAAUUGUGCCUUGUUUACUUUGCUGCAGGAGUGGAACCAUCACAUCAAUGGAGCGACUCACAGCCGCCGCUGUCAGCUGCUGCUUGAAAUAUACCCAGAAUGGAAUCCUGACAGUGAUUCAGGACAUGGAAUGGGUGAUCCCUUUAUGUUGCAACAAUCUACAAACCCUGCACCAGGAAUUUUGGGACCACCACCACCUCCAUUCCACCUUGGAGGACCUCCUGUUGGGCCCAGAGGAGCUGGAAAUGGAAAUAUGCAAGGACCCAGACACAUGCAGAAGGGCAGAGUGGAAACAAGCAGAGUUGUGCACAUCAUGGAUUUCCAGAGGGGAAAGAACCUGAGAUACCAGCUGCUUCAGCUCGUUGAACCCUUUGGGAUAAUCACAAAUCACCUGAUUCUAAACAAAAUCAAUGAGGCAUUUAUUGAAAUGUCAACCACUGAAGAUGCCCAGGCUGCAGUGGAGUAUUAUUCAACAACACCUGCCCUGGUGUUUGGUAAACCAGUCAGAGUCCACUUGUCACAGAAAUACAAGAGAAUAAAGAAACCUGAGGGUAAACCUGACCAAAAGACUGAACCACCAAAACCAGAACUUGGUCGUGUGAUCCACCUGAGCAACUUGCCCCACUCGGGCUACUCUGACAACGCCGUGCUCAAACUGGCCGAGCCCUACGGGAAGAUCAAGAACUACAUCCUCAUGAGAAUGAAAAGCCAGGCCUUUAUUGAGAUGGAGACCAGAGAAGAUGCUUUGGCCAUGGUUGAGCAUUGUGCCAACAAAGCGCUUUGGUUCCAAGGCAGAUGUGUGAAAGUGGAUUUAUCUGAAAAGUACAAGAAACUGGUGUUAAGGAUUCCCAACAAAGGAGUUGAACUGCUGAAAAAGGAUAAAACCAGAAAGAGAACAUAUUCCCCAGACAGCAAAGAUUCUCCCAGUGAUAAGAAGUCCAAAACAGAACCUGCUCAGAAACCUGAAAGUGGCAAUACAGAGGAAAAAGCGAAAGAGGAGAAACAGGAGGAUGCUGCUGAGCCUUCAGGUGCCAAAAGUGGGGAACAGACAGAGCAAGAUGAGCCCAGUUUACUCCUGGAGUCUGAAGAUGAGCUGCUGGUGGAUGAGGAGGAGGCAGCAGCACUGUUAGAAAGUGGCAGCUCAGCAGGAGAGGAUGCAGAUGUUGCCAAUUUAGCUGAUGUGGCUACUGAAGAAAAAAAGGACACACCUGAUGAUGCAGCUGUAAAAACAGAGGGGAAUGUUGCAGUCACUCCAGGAGCCAAGAAAAAGCUUAAAAAGCGCUAUGUGGGCGGCUUCCCACGCAGCAUGGAGGGCUUCGUCACCCUGGACGAGGUGGGCGACGAGGAGGACUCCGACCACCAGAAGCUGCGCAAGUCCGGGCUGGCAGCCAAGGCUGCGGGCAAGAGCGAGGACAGCCUGGCAGAGAUCAAGGUGGACAAGAUUGAGGAGCCAGAGCAGGAGAGUGAAACGUUAGAAAACGGAACAAAAAGCGAAGAGAGCGCCAAGGCUGAAAGUGUUGAAGCUUCUGAUGCUACGACAGCACAGGAUACUGAGAAAAGCACCCAGGAAAACACAGACCCCCAGGGCGAGCAGGAAACAAAGAGUGUUCUGGAGAAACCUCUUGUCCCAGAUGAGUUUAGGAUUGGGCCAUACCAGCCAAACAUUCCUGUUGGUGUGAAUUAUGUGGUACCCAAAACAGGGUUUUAUUGCAAAUUGUGUUCCCUGUUCUACACAAAUGAAGAUGUUGCAAAAAAGACCCAUUGCAGCAGCCUUCCUCAUUAUCAAAAGUUGAAGAAAAUUCUGGAUAAAAUGGCAGAAGACUUCAGGCAAAAGAAAGAAGGUUAAAAAGAAGGAUGUAAGGAAAACGUGGCUUUGUUUUUAAUGUUAAUCUUUUUUAAAAGCAGUACAAGUAGUAGAUGGAAAUACUGUAUUCUUUUUUGUUUUAGUGAGAUACAGUAGGCAUUAUAGGUCUGUUCAUGUGUUAAAUGUUGUAGCAAAAAGCAUAUGCAGUUAAGUUAAUGACAACAGUUUGUUCUUAAUGUGAGAAUGGCAACAACCUUUCAUUUGACACUUCAAGCUAUUACAGAAAAAGAAAUCUUGCACCCUUGUGGAAAGCUCAUCUAUGAGAAGAAAACUGCGUUUAAAUGAAAUUUACUACUUUCAAGCUUCAGAAAUUGUCUUUCAGUUCCAUUCUGAAUAAAAAAUGAAAAGUAAUACUGUAUUUUUAUUUUAUCUAGAACAUUCCGUAUUUUGGUCUGAGCCUAGCAGCUGUUUAAUUUUGAGUGUAAGGCUGUCAUUGCAUUUCACUUUUGGAAAAGUCGUUAAAUGUAAGUUGCAUUUUUAAGUGUUGAAUUGCAGUUUCUUUUAAUGUCACUGCUGUUAUCUAUAGCAAAUAGGGAAAUUAGUGAUUAGUCAGCUUUACAACUUUGUGAUUUUUUUUUCUAAGCUCUUGCUAGACUUUCCUAUUCAGCUAUUCCGUGUAUUUUAGUGAGAAGUAAAUGCCCAUUCUCUGACCAGUAUUAUUUCCUCGAGCUCUUCCUGCUUUUACUUGAAUCUCGUCGCUGUCGUACAUCUCUGGUAUAUCAAAAGCAGCAUUGGAGUCCUAAAAGGGACAAAGGUAUCUUUAUAUUCUUCACAUGGAAGUUUUCAUACCUGCAUUUUAACACCAUUUUUUGUUAAAAUCUGGUUUUGUCAAGACUCUUUAGAACUGUGCACUUAAUGUACCUGCACAUGUGAGAUGUGAACAGGAAUUUGCAUGUGUAACCUGUGUUUAUCUGUAGUUUUUGUUAUUUACUGCUUAUUUGUGACUUCAGGUUACUAAAGUGAUUCCCAAUAAACAAAGCUAGACCACA